CGAGUUGGAACGCCGCAGCACCGCGUGGUUCGGUCGAUUAGUCAGACGGUCGAGUCGGUCAGUUUGAGGGUACGUGAUAGAUUACAACCCACGCAAGAAAGAGGAUGGCACUAUUCCGCUUUACCCCGAAACGCUGCCUCGACGUGCAGAAAAUAACAUCGGCGAUCUUCGUACGGCAGCUCAGCGAUGCAUCUACGGAUCUUAAAAAGGUUCUUACUGAUAGGAUCCCGAAGGAACAGGAGCGAGUCAAAGCCUUCCGUAAGGAUCAUGGAUCUACCAAAGUCGGAGAAGUCACCGUCGACAUGAUGUACGGCGGUAUGCGCGGCAUCAAGGGCCUCGUAUGGGAACCAUCGGUACUGGAUCCCGAAGAGGGCAUCCGAUUCCGCGGGAAGUCAAUCCCCGAAUGUCAGAAACUUCUGCCGAAGGCAUCCGGCGGCGCGGAACCGCUCCCAGAGAGUCUUUUCUGGCUGCUGAUUACCGGCGACGUGCCUACGGAAGCGCAGGUGAAGGCCAUCUCGCAGGAGUGGGCAUCCAGAAGCUCGUUACCCGAGCACGUGGUCAAGGCCCUCAACAAUUUCCCCAAGACUCUACAUCCGAUGACGCAGUUCUCCGCGGCGAUUACGUUGCUGAACAGCGAGAGUGAAUUUGUUAAGGCGUAUAACAAGGGUGUGCACAAAAGCAAGUACUGGGAAAGCGUGUAUGAGGACUCGAUGAAUCUGAUCGCCAAACUGCCGGUGAUUGCCGCCACUAUUUAUCGCAACAUCUACAAGGGCGGCAAGGGUUUGGGUUCCGUCGACGCUGGUCGAGAUUGGUCCUGGAAUUUUGCUAACAUGCUCGGUUAUGACAAUCCGCAAUUUAUCGAACUGAUGCGUCUCUACCUGACGAUCCAUUCGGAUCACGAAGGUGGUAACGUGUCCGCUCACACCACCCACUUAGUGGGAUCCGCCUUAUCAGAUCCGUACCUAUCCUUCUCCGCCGGUAUGAAUGGUCUUGCCGGACCACUGCACGGUUUGGCUAAUCAGGAAGUACUGGUAUGGCUGCAGAAGUUGCGCGGUCAGGUCGGCGACAGUCCCAGCGACGACAAACUUAAGGAAUUCAUCUGGAAUACACUUAAGAGUGGCCAGGUCGUACCCGGCUACGGACAUGCUGUUCUUAGGAAAACCGAUCCGAGGUAUACCUGCCAGAGGGAGUUCGCGUUGAAACAUUUGCCGGACGAUCCGUUAUUCAAGCUUGUAGCACAAGUGUACAAGGUAGUUCCGCCAAUCUUGUUGGAGACUGGCAAGGUGAAGAACCCGUGGCCGAAUGUGGACGCACAUUCUGGUGUGCUGUUGCAAUACUAUGGUAUGAAGGAGAUGAAUUACUACACGGUUCUGUUCGGCGUAUCGCGCGCGUUGGGCGUGCUCGCUUCUCUCGUUUGGGAUCGCGCUUUAGGACUACCCAUCGAGAGACCUAAGUCCCUCAGCACCGAUCUCCUUAUGAAGGCUGUCAAGGCUUAAGAACCGUUUCUCACUGGAUCGACGAUCGACCAGCAUCACCUCGAAGUCUCGUCGUUUCCUGACCUCAAUUUUAUUCGAGCGUCAACCGCGGCACCAGGAACUUUGAUAGAAUAUCAUUUUUGAUACCAACCUCGACGGAGACACCUCAACGAGCCCGCGCCUUAUUGAGCAAAUGACAGUGUGAUUGGAAGAGAGUGAGAGAGAAGGAGAGAGUGGAGAAUGAAAGAGACAAGGCUAGG